CUCCUCUCACAGCGUGCUCUCUCCACUCAGGGAGAAGCAGCUCCCCUGGAUUACUCCGAGACCCUGCGGCUACAAGGACGAAAAACGAGAAGACGUGACUAAGUGGCAGUCAGACAGAGAAAGAGUGAGUGAGUGAGGGAGUGAGGGAGUGAGUGAGAGAGAAAAAGCACCCUUCCACUCGCCCGAAACUGGAGCACAAGAGCUGUUGCAUGUAAAAUAAACCCACCAGGCUGGAAGGAGAGAUAGAGGACAAGACUUGACGUGUCUCUGCCAGCCGUCUGCUCUCUGGCCCUUCCCGUUUCUACCAACCGAGAUGGAGGGAGAGGUGAAGGAGAGGAGGAAGAUCCAGUUCUCCGUGCCCUCGGCCGUGCCCACCCAGCUGGACCCCAAACAAGUGGAGAUGAUUCGGCGACGGAGACCAACGCCGGCCACCCUCUUCCGACUGACCGACCAUCCGUCUCCAGAGGAAGAGAAUCCAAGUCAUCAGCUGGCUGUUUGUGAAAAUGGACUUCUGAAGGCUAAACGAGUCAACACAGCCGUCUAUCAGCCCCCAUCGCUCAAAGCUGUUCAGAAGAUGGCGGAGGCUCAUCUGCAGUCCUCAGAAACAGGCCGAGACAGUCCGUCCUCAGAGUGCUCGGACAACGAAGAGGCCCCUGCAGACGCCGACAGAAAUCUGCCAGAUGACACCAGAUCUGACCAAUCAGAGCAUCACUCAGCACCCGAGGUCACAGAUGAGGAUACGGGCUCCACUGUGCUGCAUGACACUCCAGGGGAAGAUGACGGGGCACCUGCUGAGUCAAGAGGUGGAAAGGACAAGAGUGCAGAAAAUGCAGAUUCGCCAGAUGACACCAGAUCUGACCAGCCGGAGCAUCACUCAGCAUCUGAAGUCACAGAUGAGGUUACAGGCUCCACUGUGCCACGUGACCUUCCAGGGGAGGAUGAUGAGGCUGAAUCAAAGGAAGAGCCGGACAAGAGUGCAAAAGACAAAGAUAAUGGAGAGUGUAAGGAAAAAGGGGAAGUCUGAUACUAGUUGAUGAGAUACAAACAGAAUCAGAUGGCGACUUAUACCAUGUAAAAAUCAAACUUAAGUGAAUUAUAUGAAUUUUUAAGAGCUGUAUUUUCAAAUGAGGACAUGUGUCUUGAGAGAGCGCAAGCAGGGUCACACUGAAGGUCAGCAUAUGAACAAGUGAAGAAAGAGAAGCUAUUAACACGGUAGCA